GCGGGCCGGGCGGGCCCCAUGGGCGGGUGUGUGGGCUCCCACCACGACUCCUCGGGCAGCCUCAACGAGAACUCGGACGGCACUGGAGAUGGAUGUUUCCUCCAGCCUAAAUCCCCCAUGCUAAAUAAUCAAUGUCCAGCAACUUCAGAUGCUGGAACAGCGUGUUCUCUCUCGUGUGCAAGUGCACACCUACUUGGCGAGCGUUGCUUAUGUGGAAACACUGCUGCAGUUUGCUCUCGGUCGUAAUCAGCCCUUGAAAAAAGAGAAACCGAAAUGGAAAAGUGAUUACCCCAUGACAGACGGACAGUUACGCAGUAAGAGAGACGAGUUCUGGGACACAGCACCAGCUUUCGAAGGUCGCAAGGAGAUUUGGGAUGCCCUCAAGGCUGCUGCACAUGCUUUCGAGAGCAAUGAUCAUGAACUGGCACAAGCCAUCAUUGAUGGUGCAAAUAUAACACUACCACAUGGUGCUCUUACAGAGUGUUACGAUGAACUCGGCAACCGGUACCAGCUUCCCGUCUACUGCCUCGCCCCACCCAUCAACAUGAUAGAGGAGAAGGGUGACCUGGAGACUCUGGAUAUUCCUGAUCCUCCACCAAAUUCAGGGCAUGAAUGCCAGCUUCGUUUGCGCCUGUCCACGGGCAAAGACCUCAAACUCAUGGUCCGCAGCAUGGACACGGUGUACCACAUGAAGAGGCGGCUGCACGCGGUGGAAGGAGUGGAGCCGGGCAGCCAGCGCUGGUUCUUCUCGGGCAGGCCGCUGGCAGACAAAAUGAAACUGGAGGAGCUGAAAAUCCCAAAGGACUAUGUGGUGCAAGUCAUCGUGAGCCAGCCCUUAGCAAAUCCCACCCCAGUGGAAAACUGAUUUCUGCUUGUUUAUUGAUUCUUCUUUCCUCCGUCUCUGUCAUGGGGUUUGUUUUCACUGCCCUCUCUUCUUUCGGUUUGUCCUGUUAAUGGAUUGGUUCCAAGAAAUGACCAGCAAAAAUUCCAUCUGUGAUGGAGAUCUGCAAAAACAAAACAUAAAAAUGUAAACUGGCCUUUGGGGUUUGCCUGAUCUCAUAUUUAACACAACAGCAAGCAGCACAGGGCAAGGGCAAAGGAAGGAGCGGGAAGGGAAAAGGGAGGAGGGUACAAAGAGGAAGGGAAGGGACUGUAAUUCAUUUAAUACAAAUAUGUCAUGAAUCUUAAAACUGUAGGUGGUGUCCUGAUCCAUGGAGUGAGAGCAGCAGAGAGCACUUUUAUUUAAAAAAAAAAAAAAAAAGGUAAAAUUAAAAAUGAAUCAAUUGAUAAAAUUUCAUAUCAGCACCACAUACAGUGCACGCAAGAAUUGCAGCUGCUCUGGGUAGGUCCCGCGCUGCCUGUUCACGGGGAUCCUUUCUGGUUUGACCUAACUCGCCUGCUUCGCCCAGGCACCACCGAGGCACAGCUGGCCCCGGGCAGCGGAGCUGGGCUGGGGCUCGGUCUCUGUCCCGCGCAGGCGGCUCCUGGCGAUGCUCAGACCAAGCAAUUGUACAUUCCAAGGUGGCAACGCAGUCCUGUGCCAUUGCUGGCUCCCGCGCUGGGAACGCAGCCCCCCGGAGCCUUAGGCAAUAACUUAGUCAAUGUAUACUCUCACGUACUGUACUGUAAACUUAUUUGCUACAAGACUGACUUAGCCUGAAGUUUACUGGCUGACUGGCACCUGAGUAUGUGCCAGCUGACUUACUCCAUAUCACUCAAAUCAUUAAAACAAGCUUUGAUCAGGCUAGCUAAGGUGAGUGAUGUGCUGGUCUGCGCUUAAGCGUUAGGUGCAUCACCUUUGUCAAAUGGCACCGGUGUAAUAGGUCCAGGUUAAACUGCAGUUACACCCAGAUGCAAUGGGUUGCGACUUCCCCCCCUCAGUUCCUAAAGGGCACAAACCAUGGGAGAUGGUGAGGAGGACACAACAGCGCGUGGUUUUCAGCUUUUUGUGUGAGUGUCGUUUGAAGCAGCAGCCAGUCUUCUAGCUGUGGUGACUCUCCAGCCAGGACAACUGGAGGUAUCCUCACCAACACACACCCGCGGCCCAGAGCAUGAUGGUGGUGUUUCACAGCCAGUGCUCUCCCUUCAGAAUGUAAGAGGAGCCCUCUCAGCAAACGACAAAUCCUUUUGUAGUUUCAAAAAUCUGAAUCAGAGCAUAUUUUUUGGGAGGGGGAAAAUCUAAUUGCUUGUUCCCUCAGUUAAGAUGCUCUCUGUGUUCCUUUGGCUGCUCUGCGCCCCUGUCUGGUAAUGCCUUUGGUUGAGCUCAAAUGCCUUGUUCCUUUUAAACACGGCUUCUAGUUUGUUUGUUUUUUCAGCCAUCGUUGAAAUGACUUCACUUCUUCCAAAGUUGAAUGUGCUAUUCAGGUAUGAAUAGCAUAUUUUUAUUGGUUUCUGUCUUCCCUCUUUGAAUGAAUGGUCUAAAGCUACAGUUGUCCAAGCUCUUUCGUGUCUGCUAGUGAAACUGGUGGGUUACAUUGAUGAUUUUAAACUUGUUACUUUUGCUCCUUCAUUAAUUCCAUAGAACUCAGUUCCUUGGACUCGAAGAGAGUUCUUGCUCCAUGAGUGUCAGCGUAGAGCCAGAAUGAGCAGAGGUCACUUGCACAACACCACGAGUCUUUCCCAGCAGGUGGAAGCAGGCGCAGAACUUACAUUGAUAGUUGGAAAACAGAUCCACGUUUUAUAUGCAUUUCCCACCAAAUAAAUACAGCUUUCUUUUUGGUCCCUGUGUUGUAUUAAGCCUAUGUUUUUCUGACAGCUGCUUUAGCCCCGGUUUGGUACGGGAUGACUGAAGUGCAGUGGCAGAGCUGUGUAAAGGAGAAUUAGUUCCCUGUCCUCAUAAACACCAAAGUGACUUGUUUUUUGUUUGGGUUGUUUUUCCAUUUUUUCUUUUUAAAGAUUAAAUCAAAGCUGAGAAAUACUAAUCUAUAACAAAAGUUUUCUAUUGUGGAGUUUUUUUAAGACAAAUAUGACUUACUAUACUGGGUUUUUGCAGCCAGAUCUUUUGCAUUUCAGUGUGGGAAAAAGUAUUUGAUAUAAACAACUCAAAAAUCUCUUGGAUUUUCACUGGGCAAAGGAUGGUUUCAUGCCAGGAAGACACUACUUGUCUCAUAAGGCGUAACUUACAUCUCAGUAUAGGUGGUCUUUACGAUGUCAUUUCCCUGCAGUCCCUUCUGGAAGGGGGGAAAUCGUGAUAAAGGAGGAGCAAACCAGGGUGGCAAUUCCAUAACUGUGAACACUAAAACACUACUCUUUUUUGUAGGAUAUGUUUUGUUGAUUUUUUUUUUUCUAUUUCUAUUUUAAUUCAGGCAGUUGUCACCAUGUACUGUUUCUGAGAUUACAGCGUGUAGGGGCUGGGAGGGCUCCUUCUUUCCCUCUUCCCCCUCUUAGUUGGAAAAGGUUCAGUUUUGUUAUGCUGUAGUAGAUGACCAUGUUUUAUAUUAAUUGCUUUUAUGUCGGGGAGCAAGGUGAUGAUCUGAAGGCCAUGUCGUGAGUGGGCUUUCAGUAGAACAGAGAAUUGGUUCAUGAAAAUACACUUUUCUCUAACAGACUCCCUCCCUUUCCUGUCCCUUAAACACAUAUCUAAAACUGAAAAAAAUUCAAUGGUAAAACGCUUUUAUAGGUGAAAGUGAAGACUUUUCAUCCUCUUCUGUAUAAAAUGACAGAUGUGCUAAGCACAUACCCUGCUGGAAAUGAAUUUUACAAGAUUUGUAUUAGGAAAGAAUUCUAAGUUUCAAAAUAUAUAUAUAUAUAUUAAAAAAAUAUCAGUAAUGAAGGCAUACAGCAUGUUGACUAACAUAUCCCGUGUAUAUAACUAGAGGUUGCAGGGUACAUGGAGAGAAGAGUCAUUUCUGUCUCUGAAACACCUUGUCUUUGUCCUGCGAGAUGUCUUCGGUGCAAAUGCGGGUGCAGGAAGCCAGGCUGGGGCUCCCCGCUGCUGGAGGGGCGGAGGGAAGGCAGGCUUGCUUAAUUGCAGAGCAGAGUUUGCAGGGCUGAAGUGAGACUCAAAGUACUAAACCGCAGUUGAGCUGGCAGCCCCAGUGGGAAGGCAGGACUGGCGCAGGUCUGCGUGGCCGACACCGGUGGCUGCUCACGGGGAGAGUGGAGAGAAGCACGCUGCCGCCCGCAGCUUGGUUUUGCAGCAUGGGUGUACGUUCAGCUUGCAGCUCAGUGGCCUGGGCUGGGUUUUGGCAUGCCGGUUGGUGUGCUGCCCCGCACCGGCUGGUGUCUUGGGUGUAACUGAAGCAGCGCAACAGGUUUUUUAAUGUGCACAGCUGUGAACUGCAAUGCUAAGUACAAACAAGUGAGGAGUAAUAGGAAUUUUUUUUAUUUGUUAGAUCCUUCAGCCCUUUGUGUCACUCCUGAUUAGCUCUGGCUAUGAACUGAUGCCAGUAAAUAACUUUUUUUUUUUUACCAUGUUAGUGACAAGUCUGUUUGGCGUGAUUCAGAUUUUUAUACUCUUUAUUGUUGCUUCUGCCUGACCCAGAAGUAAUAACCUAGUGAACAUCCACACUCCUGAACAGCUUGAAAGGCAGAGAGGCAUGAACACACGUGGUCUGCUGGGGCGAGGAAGCUCCAAAAAGCCGCAGAUGCUGUAGGUAUGUUGCUUGGCACUACCGAAGGAUGCUCAGGGUCGUCUUCCACAACCAAUUGACAGCUGCUCCUUCUGAGCAUCCAGCUCCCAAAAGUUUCACUGACUACUUUGGCUCUUUGCACAUCACAGUUUACUGGUGUCCUCUGCAGAAAACACAGCACGGAAUAGCUGCACUGCGAGAACUUUUUUUAGUUUUCUGAAAGCCUUUGCUUCUCUGGAUCUGGGAAAUAUUUUUGAAAACUAAAUGAUGCGAGUCAGCAGUGUAAUAAUUUGGGUUUUUUAAUAGACCCCCAAUACUAAAAGUAGUAUUAACAACAACAAAAAAACAACUCACCCCAGGAGCAACCAAACAAAACCCCAGCUCCUCUUUGCCUUUCACAGAAAGUUCCAAAGUUUCUUUGGGGAGGAGAGGAAAGGGGUUCAUUGGAGCAACCAGGCAGCACAUGGCAAUGUGCAUAACUUCUGGUAAAGCAGAUGGCCAAUUGAUAAAAUAUUGCUGUAGUAUGACAUGCUUCUGCAUAUAUAUCCAUUGUUAGUAAAUAAUGUAAAAACUUUUAAAAACUAUUAAAAAAAAAUAAAUCUUAGAUUGUUACAAUGGUGGGAUGCUUUUAGCCAUGGAGUCCUGAAAGCAUUUUAGCUGUGUUGACGAAUUGAAUGCUGUACGUUUCUCCAUUUCUGUCUUCUUCAGAAGCGUAAGUGGUAGCUACAUUUCUGACUCUUGGUCUAUAUUUUACAAACUUUUUUCUAUGUUACUGUAAAUACAUCCAAGACCCUGCACCUUAUGCAGAGAAUGUUUACAUUUAAAAAGAAAAAACAAAUUUGUUGGCUUUUUCACUGCGCUGCUCAGAUCCUGUUGAAAUGAAAGAAAGUAGUCUCUGUUAGAAAAAGGGGCUUUUUUUUUUUCUUUGCCCUUCACCACUUCCCCUGUAAUUCUGACUCCCUCCCGGAUGAUGGCUGGCAGCUCUUGGACAGCUUGCGCUCUCCUGGAGUAGGAUAUAGAGGUAUCUGAGAAAGGCGUUUUUGAAACCUUGCUUUGGGUGGGAGGAUGAGCUUUGUACGCUCUGCAAACUUUCUUGGAAAAAGAAAAAAAAUCUGUUUCAAACCCACUAGAUGUUGGUGGUCUGCCUUGCAAGUUAACUGAUCUAGGAAGCCUUUGAGUUAAACUUUCCAGCAACCGUGCUUCUGUCUUCUCCCAAAGAAGAUGAAUGUCCUGCUAUUAUAUCUGCAGCUACAAACACUUGUGUUGGUUAAUGACUGUAUAUACAAGUCUGCCUGCUUUAAGACUUUUCCUUUUCAUAAAGUGUUUUUGAUUGCUCUGUUCUGCACAUGGCUCUCCUCUUCCAUAUUUCAUCUGCUUGAUACUCCGUAGCCGCGUGUGUGUUGCUCUUGUUCAUGGGAGAUCGAGCUAUAGCUCUCCUUCCAAGGGAGAUACAUGCCACUGAGCCUACAAAAGUCAAAUAGUUCGAAGAUGAGAUGUUUUAACCAGCGGGUUUCCUACCAUGGACUUUGAGACUUUCAAUAAAUGUGUCCACUGGACUGUCUGUGAAAAAGCAUGUUCCUGCCCUCCAAGCAGGACCGCUUGUUGGGUAUUUAUCCGGUAGAACUCUGUAUUUGUAUAUUUUACAGAUGAAGACUAUUCGAUCAGAGCCAUGGGGCAAAUAGAGAACUUAAAAUCCUGACUCCUGCCUUAAAACUUUUAGUUCAUCUUGAGCUCCAAAAAUUCUGCACCUGCUCGUUCCCAAGUCCCUUUUUUCUUUAGGAAAUUUGAAUCCAGUCAAAGGCUGGAGACAAUUUAAGGAAAUUUAAAACAAAAUAAAUUUUAGCUGAUGGCUUUAUUAAAAUAACUAACUGGUCUUGUAUUAAAAACCCUAUUUGUGCCUCUCUUAAGUCCAGGGAAUGUUUUAAAAAGUGGAGGUGGCUUUUGAGCAAUGAUUGAAAUGACUGCAUUAGCUGGCAAUUUGUAAGACACUUGGCUUUCAUAUGCUCUGAGCAAGAGACUUCAGUUUGUGUCCUCUCUGCCUCAUGGUAAUGGCUUUCAAAGAUGGCUGGUACCAUCAAAUUUGUACUUCUUGAAUAAAUAUCUUCAUUUUUAUGGUAAAACUUUUUGUAUGCACUUUGUUUGUGUGUGCCAUGUAACAAACACUCAUUACGUAGGAUACGGUGCUAGAUUUGGUACUGACAGCUCCAGCACGCAGUGAAAGAAGGACGAGGGGGUUCCUGUGACGUGACCCUUUUUUUCCCCUGUAACUUUUUAUAAAGUCUUUUAGAAUCAAAAAUACCAGUUGUGUAAAACAUGCUUUUUAACUUUUUUCCCCUCCCUGGCUCCUUCAGUCAAUGAAGAAUUCUAGGCCGAUAUAAAGAUGCUGUGAACAUCAGGUAACUUUUAAAAUGCAUUAUGUAUUUUUAUGUUGUACCUCUGUUUCUUGGGUGACAUAUCGCAGUAGUGUGUGCACAUACUUUUAAUCAACUGCAAAGCACAAGCAGGUUGUCUUUAGACUGUUAAAUUAUGUGUUUAGGUUGGUUUUUUUUUUUUUUUUAACCUAGGGAAGAUCUUUCACAAUUGAGAGCAAACCAUCAUGAACUUCUAUUGGAAAUGCUGUACAAAAUUUCCUGUAUUUAAAACAAAAAAGAGAAACUUCUUUUUUCCCCUGCAUUUAAAAAAUAAAAGUAAUCCUGGAAAUGCCAUGCCUUAAGAGAUAAGCUCAGUGGUGUUCUUCUGUUUCUUCAGUAAGACUUUUAAUUCUGAGCUGGAGCUCUACAACUUUUUCAUUACCUGCCUGAUACCCUAGAGACACAUUUUUGGUAAUAAUUUUGGUGUGUGACAACAUUUUAUCUUGCAAAUUAGGUGUGCAGUCCGUGGAGAAUGCAGGGCCUGGAGCUGCGCUCAGAGAUCCAGCGUGAACCUCCUCUGUGCCCGGCUCCUGCCGUCUCAGAUGUGCUUCUGGCUCCGUGGUGAACAGCGCAAAAUAAUGGAUCUGUGUAAUCGUCCUGUAAUUACAUUAACUGACAUGUUGUCUUAAUCAGGUCACCACUUUUAUAGUCUUGAUUAACAACCUAAUGUAUCAGAGGAGUAUGAAUAAUUUUUUUUGUAGGCCACUUUGGUCUAAUGUUAUCACAGCUAAACAUUUCUUUUUUUUUUUUUAAUCUUAGGAGAAUUUCAUGGUUGAAUUUAUGAUGUGCGCUA